GCCCUUCGGCCGCGCUCCCCGCCCGCCCGCCCGCCGGGACGUGGUAGGGGAUGCCCAGCUCCACUGCGAUGGCAGUUGGCGCGCUCUCCAGUUCCCUCCUGGUCACCUGCUGCCUGAUGGUGGCUCUGUGCAGUCCGAGCAUCCCGCUGGAGAAGCUGGCCCAGGCACCGGAGCAGCCAGGCCAGGAGAAGCGCGAGCACGCGUCUCGGGACGGCCCGGGGCGGGUGGGCGAGCUCGGGCGCCCUGCGAGGGACGAGGGCGGCGGCGGCCGGGACUGGAAGGGCAAGAGCAGCCGUGGGCUAGCCGGCCGGGAGCCGUGGAGCAAGCUGAAGCAGGCCUGGGCGGCGCAGGGCGGGGGCGCCAAGGCCGGGGACCUGCAGUCCCGGCUCCGUGGGGACACCCCGCAGGUGGAGUCCCUGGCCGCCGCCGCCCAGGACGCGAUGGGCCCGGAACUCGAGCCCACGCCGGAGCCGCUGGAGGAGUACGCAUACCCGGACUAUCGCGGCAAGGGCUGCGUAGACGAGAGUGGUUUCGUGUACGCGAUCGGGGAGAAGUUCGCCCCUGGACCCUCGGCCUGCCCGUGCCUGUGCACCGAGGAGGGGCCGCUGUGCGCGCAGCCCGAGUGCCCGAGGCUACACCCGCGCUGCAUCCACGUCGACACGAGCCAGUGCUGCCCGCAGUGCAAGGAAAGGAAGAACUACUGCGAGUUCCGGGGCAAGACCUACCAGACUUUGGAGGAGUUCGUGGUGUCUCCGUGCGAGAGGUGCCGCUGCGAGGCCAACGGCGAGGUGCUGUGCACGGUGUCGGCCUGUCCCCAGACGGAGUGUGUGGACCCUGUGUAUGAGCCCGACCAGUGCUGCCCCAUCUGCAAAAACGGUCGAUAAUGGAGAUUAAAUAAAUCAAGUGCCUACUGUGGAGUAUGGAGACUCCAGACUGCUGUCUGCCUGCCGCUGGGCCCUCGCACUCCCCUUGAGUUGGGCUUCUUAAAAGUAAUAUCCAUUGCCAAAUUUUCCUUCAGUCAACCCUGAAAAUUUGUUCCGUGAACACGGGCAGCUCGCUCAGCCUCAGCAGGCAGACCGAGGCUGCAGAAGAGACUAAGUUCCCGGCUGUAUUUCACAGGCAGAGCCCCUCUGUCCUCGAGCUUAUCCAUUCAUACUCCUUUGCCAUUAUUCAUCUGUUAAAAGCCACUUGGUCAUUAAUACAGUGGUCUAAAAUACCUCCAGCCUGUGUCUUCAGCAAAAAGGAAAUCAAUUGUCACAAUAUACAAUGAAGCUCUUCAUCAUAAGGCCGAUCUCUCCACCACAUCCACAGCAUGAUCAAUGGCGCCAUUACCAGAGGUAACUUGAAUUGCAUCCAAAACACUUACAUGGAACACAUUCUGGUAGAAACGAUCUGUCAGUGGUAGACAGUGGGAAGACAAAUAACCCCGUGGACGACUUGCCCAAUCUGUCUCCGUCCCCAGGAGAAUGAGCCAAUGAAUAUUCUUAGCAAGAAUUUUCAGCAGGUGCUUCCAGGGAAUGUAAAAUACCCUCUUUGUUGAUCAGAAGAUGCAUUCUGCUCUUACACUAACAGCAAAACCCAAACCUUUUAUUUGUUUUUCAGGAAGAUAAACUUAAGGUAUAAAAGAGUCCAUUACCCCAGGAGGUAUCCAUAAACCUCCAAUUCUGAAAAUUGCGUCUCAUCUUUUCUAAAACAAAUGCCUUUACUUAAGAGCGGUUACAAUUUGCCAAUCCUGACAGCUAUGAACUGGAUUUAUCUUUAAUCACACAUUCACUGAGUGUCUUUUGAAAGCACAUCAGCUAUCAUUGAGUAAAGCAUUAUCAUAUGGGGGGAAAACAUUGCCAAUUCUUUAAUUAGGGAUGCUGAAAUUUUUCAGAUAAUAAAAAUUAUAUGCCUCUGGAAAGAGUGUAUUUCAGCACGUGCUCUAACUUGAUUCAGUAGCAGCUGUUUGAACAACUAUUUUGUCACCUCAGGAGCAGACUGAGCUGGGUGCAAAGGUAUACACUAGACUUCACCCCAAGGAGAGCUACCAGAUGCUGAGUGUGUCUGCACAGGGGACCUCGGGAGGAAAAGGCUAACGAUGAGUGGAGACUGAAAGCAGGCAGGUUGGGAUGCAAUGCAAGGAAGAAUUUUCUAAUCAUUAGAAUUACUCCUCUGAGGUAGUCAGAGGAUCGGGAGCCAAAUUCAGAGAUAACUACUUCCCAAAUUGGGCCAGAUGAUUUGAAGAGCCCUUCAACGAUAAAAAUCUAUUAUUCUUUCACACUGAUGCAUAAAUGCCUCAGACAUCAUUACUCAGUGAUCCAUUUUGGGUGCACAGAAAACAGUUUUCUUUUCUCCGGUUAAUUUAUGAGUUUUCUUGUUUUUCCCCAUCUUAGUUAUGUCAGUAAGUCAUCUGAUAAAUUAACAAGAUAAACACUUAAAACAUUUGUCCUUUGGUCGUUGAAGACCCAAGAGAGACCCCAAGGAGAGCGCAGAGCCUGCGGCAGACGUGCAGGAUCUGGCUGCCCCGCUGCCUCCAUGGCGCCCCCCAUCUGUCACAUGGGGUAGGUGAAGCCGGGAGAAUGUGGGCGACCUUGCCUUUGAAAUUAAAUGCUGUUUAAAGGAGGGCAGAGACCUUAGCACAUGAAGUAAAUGUGAUUAAUGUUUAUGAAAAAUGUCACGCGUCCAAAAGCACAAACCGUUCUCCACAGCCGCAUCCACUGAACUGUGAAGGACCUGGAGCCCAGACACAUGGGCCGCGCUGUGUGGCUACAGUGUAGAAGGCCGUGCUGUGUUCCUUUACCUUUGGGGGAAAGUAAAUCCCCCACAGGUUCAUAGUGGAGACGGGAACCUGUUACAAAAGGCAGAUUAACAAGAGUGAAACAAGGUCAUUAGCAUGUGUAUUUCACACGUACAGGAAAGACACCCAGAGAACGAGCAGUUCCGGGAGAGGUGGCUUUGAACUUCAGCUGAUACAGCAUCCUCAACAAAGAACAGUAAAAUUUUAGAGAUGUGACAAGACAAAGGAAAUGGUCUUCGAGUCUCUAAGGGCAGCAACGUGGGGGGAGGCGAGUGCCUGGCAGGUAAAGGCUGGUUGGCAAAGCCUGUUCACGUAGAUCCCUCCAGUACCAUCUUCAGGCCUGCAAGGGUCUAAAGCUGGCGUCCGUGGGUCACUUUUGUUCUCCCCAGCAGAAGGGGCCAGGCUGGAUGUCUUCUGUUUUUGUGGCUCUGUGUCCUGCUUUUAGGUAAAUAGAGGGAGUGCAGCAAGCUUUCCUGCAUCUGCUUCUUCUUGAUUGUCUUCAGCUCAACCAUCCUUCAUAUUUUGGGGAGGGAUAUUGCGGUCUCCCACAAUGUAUUUCCAAAGUUCUAGCCCCUUCUAAAUAAAGUGAGAUUAGAAAGACCAAGCUCCAGUUGUUACUUUGAGAGACACUGGCCCUACCAAUCUCCCUGAAACCCUUGAAGGAAAUGAUAAUGGUUUUCACCUCUUAUUAACACCCAGGGAACACGCUACCCCACAGCCUCUCUGGAUCUCUGAGCCCCUCCGGAGUGCCAGGAACGUGUCACAUGCAACUGCUCCACACCGCAGGCUCCAUGAACGAUGAUCUCUGUGGCGGCUUGAUGUCAUUAUCUAAGAUGCAGCAUCAGAAUAAUGAAGAUGCUAAGCCUUUCCUCUGGCUCCCAUGAGUAAUGAAAGCCUGAAGGAAGGGCUCAUUCAUUAAGAUUGUGUAAGCAGAGGGAGAAUAAUGGAUAUUUGUUUCAAAGAAAUUCAUUUCUGUCUAUUCUAUUCUAACUUUGGAGGAACUUUGUAGACAAUGUAAAUUUAUUUUUAAAAAUGAUUAGAGUGAAGUUCAGUUGCUGUGAGUCUUUGAACUAUGUACUUCUGAAAUGUUUCAUUAGUAAUAUUCUAAUCAAACCGAUACGAAUUAGAUUUCUGUUUCAUUGUCUAAAGAAAUGUAAAUAUGGUUGUUGCACAUACCAAGAACACUGAGGGUUAGGUUACCUACCCUAUAUUGACACUUCCCCAUCUUUUAACCUUGCAGUGCCUUUGCAAUCCCUGAUUAAACUGGCAAAAAUUUGCCCUGGAAACUUACCAAAAAGAUGAAAAUUGACAGUCAUACCUCAACAGUGCACACACAAUCACAGGCUUAGGAAGGCUGCAGGACAGGAGUUCUGUGCAGGAUGAGUGUGGUCAGGGGUGAGCUGUCCUUCAGCCUGAGCUCAGACCUGCCCCCAGCCUGCAGCUGAGUUGCCCAGCCCUCCCACACGAGGAUUCUGGAAUAAGGGCAGGUUUUUCGUGUUAGGCAAUUUUAUCACAACAAAAGUCAUACCUAAUUUGUUUCAUAAAGCUUUUUGCAUUUUGCAACUAAUCCAUUCGUUAGCAAUGAGGAAGGGAGGGAGGGUGAACAUUUAGCCAACUUUUAGUAUUGAUUUUUGCUUUUGCAUGGCUACUGCUGAUGAAUGUCUAAUUUGCACACUUUGUCCAGUCAUUGUUGGGGACUGUAGUGAACUGACCAGAUACAAACAAACUGGAAGACAUAAAUUUUUUAGUGAAAAAUUUAGUGCUUAUUUUAAGACUAUCUAAAAGCAAUGAUUUAACACAUAUGGCAGUAGGAGGCACAUUACUUAUCACUCUCUGAGCAAUGAAUUCUCACUGAGAGCGGACGACUCUUAGUCUAGAAUAAUGUCAUUUAUUAUCAACUGCAAGUUUUUUUGAUAUGAAAAGUAAAACAACUGCUAUUAAUAUAUUGACUCUACUAGUAAAAGAAAAAAGUAAACAUUAAUUAAUGUCAGUUUUGUAUCAAUCAUAUAUACUUCAAGUAGAAAAUCAAUUCAGUAGUUUUUAAAAACAAAGUAUUUUUUUAUAAUUCUAUUCUUGGAAUCAAAACAAAGCUUUAUAAAGUUAAUUCCAUCUAAGUUAAGACUAUCUAAGGCUAUUGCUAAUUAUGUUUUAAAUUCAUUUUAAACGUUCAGCAUUGGAAGUAAAAUUAUUUUUUGACAGAUAAUGUGAAUAAUUCUUUUCAAGAGCAGUGCCAUCAUAAAAACCAUAACCAUAAUCUCACUAACUUAAGAAACCAAUAGAAUAGAAAUGCACUUGAAUUGAUUGUGUUGUACAUAUUAUUCAUAAUUAUAUUCAAACAAGCUGUAAUAUUCCAGGAAUAAAUAUACAAAGUAUAACUGUCAAAAAUUUUAAAUACUCUCAUAAACCUAUCUUUUUAUGAAAAAAAAAUUCUCCACCUUGCAGUUGUGCCUUCUUUCAGUUGGAUUUUCUUUAGAAAUGGUUGAACCUUAGAAGCAUUGCUUUGAAGUCAGCCUAAAUGCUUAGUUUUUUUAUAUAUAAAUGAAUUCUUUAUAUUUUGGCUGCAUGUUUCUUUCAAAAUCAAUUGGAAAUCUUUAAUUAAAGUAUUCAACAAAUAGAAAAAACCCCAGCUUUCGAAGUUUUAGAAAUCUGCCAUUGUUGAAAUAAUUAACAAUUAUACGAUAUCGUAUAUAAGUUGUACAGUGUUUUAGUUUCUUCUUAAUUCAUAUGCGGUGAGGAUCCCUCACAUAGAAUAAAAAGCCCGUCUCUUAACUCUCAGUUCAGUUCUCACCCCUACCCCUUGCCCUAGCAACUGCUGGUCCUCUGCUCUCCCUGUAGUUCUUCUGACCUGCGUUUUACAGAAUUCCGUAGGAAUGGAGUCAUAGAGUGUGAGUCUUUGUGUCUGGCUCCUUUCACUUAGUGGCAUGUGGGGAUUCGCCCCUGUUGUGUGCAUGUCACUUCCAUUUUACAGUUGAGCAGCGUUCCCUUGUAUGGAUAGACCACACUUUCUUCAUUUACUCCUGAUGCACAUUUGAAUUGUUUUCAGUUCCUGACUAGUAUAAAUAAUGCUGCUGUGAGCAUUCAUAGAUAAACCUUUGUGUAGAAAUAUGUUUUUAUUUAUUUUGGGUAGAUGCCUAGGAAUGAGACUACUGGGAGUGAGUGGGUGUGUUUUACUUUGUAAGAAACCAUCAAACAGUUUUGCAAAGUGGCUGUUUUUUGAGCAUUCCUCUCAUGGUACAUGAGUGUUCCAGCUUGUUUUGUAAUUAUAUGAUAUUAGCCACGAUUAUAAGGUUCUUUGGAUGGUAGGAUAACACAGAGGCCCCGGAAAGGCAGAACUCUUUGUCACUUGCAGCAAGGGUCGCCCCUUGGGGCCACAUGGUGGGCUGUGUCCAGGGACAGCAAGCUGGAACCACAGGACGCACCUCCUGGAGGCAGGUGGGGUGGAGUGAGGCUCCUGGAGCUUGCUGGGAUUCCUGGAGCUUCGGCACGUUGAGUAAUUGCCAGGAAGAAGGGGCCAUUGCUGGGUGUUGGCUGUUCUGGGGCCUCUGGUGGUUGGGUACAUGUGUAUCACAACCCAGCAGUGUUGGAGCCCCAUUGGGAAAGUAGGGUGAUAGGGGGACCAGCAAACUGCCUGCAGAGGGGAAAUGAGGGUUUUCAGCCAUGACAUCAAAUCUGGCUCAAAACAGCCCUUGUGAAAUACUACACAGUCACUCCUCAUCAUUGCCAACACUUGGUUCUGACAAUGCUUAAUUUUAGAAAUUCUAGAAGGUCUGGUGGACUUCCAUUAGCGUUUCCAUGCCUGCCGGUGGGAGCGCCUUUUCAUGCGGUGUGCAGCCAUUUGCACGGCUGAUUUUGUGGAGGGCCUGCUCAGACCCUGGCUCGCUUCUGUUGAGCUUUGUGAUUGUUGUUAGUGAGUCCAAGAGUCCGCACGACUGCCCUGUCUGACAUGUAUACAUGUCUGUAUACAUGGUGAGCAGCUCCCUGCGGUCUGUGCCUUGCCUUUUCAUGUCUUAAAACGGUGCCUUUCAAAGAACAGAAGCUUUUAAUUUGGAUAAAGUUCACUUAAUCAGUUUUUCUCUUUUGGAGAAAAACUUUUUGUGUCCUAUGAAAUAUUUGCCUAAUCCAAUGUCACAAAAGUUUCUCUUGUGUUGUUUCCAGAAGUUUUAUAAUUUUGGCUCUCAGAUUUAUUGUCUGUGCCCCAUACUGUCUGUGUGUGGAGGGGUAAGGGUUGAUGUUCGCUUUUUUGCCAAUGUUGAUACCCAGUUUUCCAGCACCAUUUUUUGAAAAGCUUGUCAUUUCUCUAUUGAAUUAUCUUGACUUUUUUGGUCAAAAAUCAAUUCACCCUAUAAAUGUGGGCCUGUGUCUGGACCGUUUAUUCUGCACCAUUGAUCUACAUGUUUAUCCUUAUGCCAAUGUUAAACUCUUGGUUACUCUAGAAUUAAGUUUGGAAAUCAAGUACCAUAAGAUGUCCAAAUUUAUAUUUUAAAUUGCUUUGCCCUUUCAAUUGUCACAAAAUUUUAAAAUUGGCUCAUCAGUUUCUCCACAAAUCCUAAUUGGAUUUUCACUGGGAUUACAUUGAAUUUACAGAUUAAUUUUGGGAGAAUAGACAUCUUAACCAAAUUGUUUUCCAAUCCACGAUGAACGUAAAUGAACAGAAUAUGAACAAAAUAUCUCUCCGUUAUUUAGGUCUUCUUUAAUUUCUCUCGGUGAUAUUUGUAGUUUUUAUUGUGCAGGUUUUAUAUAUCUUUUGUUCAGUUAAUUCUUAGUGUUAUGUUUUUCCUAAUAUUACAUGAAAAUAUUUUAUUAAA